CAAGUCUGACAGCUGCGCAAACCAGCCCAAAUGCCAGCUGAUAGGGUCGAGGUAGUGUGUCAUCAAAGGCAGUUGCAACAUCAUUUCAGUACAGCUCUCUUAAAAGCAUUGACGUUUUAAAUCAACGUCUCUUGGGAGGUGUAUCUUUUUUUUUCUUUAAUGACCAUGGCGAAUUUACCGAGGAGAAACGUGCCUUCUCCACUGCGUCUAACAACGGUGUAGAUUGUGAGUGAGCUAGCUUCCUGGCUAGCUUACGAAGAUCGCAUCGGAUAGCAUCAACAGCUAGCUACUGUCAAUUCUUACAAGCUGGUAUCGUGACUCCCAACACCAGCCAUGGGGAUACUGUUUACCAAAUUGUGGAGGCUUUUUAAUCACCAAGAGCACAAGGUUAUCAUCGUGGGCCUGGAUAACGCCGGGAAAACCACCAUUCUUUACCAAUUUUCUAUGAAUGAGGUGGUGCACACCUCUCCUACAAUAGGAAGCAACGUGGAGGAGAUUGUGGUCAACAACACACACUUUCUGAUGUGGGAUAUCGGAGGGCAGGAGUCACUAAGGUCGUCCUGGAACACGUACUACACAAACACAGAGUUUGUGAUUGUGGUUGUGGACAGCACCGACCGAGAGAGGAUCUCUGUGACCAAAGAAGAGCUUUACAGAAUGCUAGCACAUGAAGACCUGAAGAAGGCCGGGCUGCUCAUCUUCGCCAACAAGCAGGAUGUGAAAGGUUGCAUGUCUGGGGCUGAGAUCUCCCAGAGCCUCCAGCUGACCUCUGUCAAAGACCACCAGUGGCACAUCCAGGCCUGCUGCGCCCUCACUGGUGAAGGGUUAUGCCAGGGCCUGGAGUGGAUGAUGUCACGGCUGGGUGUGAGAUGAUGAACUCUGGCCCUCGACCCAGCAGAGCGACCUGGCUCUCUUUUAGCUCCUCCACUAAUUGGACACAGGGUCGGGGAUGAGGUCGAUGGACGGACCGGGACACCUCCUCUCUGUGACGCCGACUCGACCACCCCAGCCAGCCGGGACCUCGUUUUCUUUCCACGUUUAUUUAUUUUAAAAGAAGAGAAAGCAAAUUCUUACAGACUCUUACCACUCUGAACAAAAGACGCCUGACACGGUCUUGCCGGAGGACUCUGGUUGGAGAGAGGGAAGAAAGGACUGACGUGUAUUUAAAUAACAUUAUUUUUCUUCCUCACAUUGAAACACAGACGAAAAGACACCCGUCUUGCCGGAUACUUUACCUGGACCCUUUUCUUUAGCUUUGUGUAAUUCCAGCCCUGUGUGGCCUUGCAGUAUUGCCGGACUGGCUGUGUUGGUUUUUACAGCAGUAAUACAUCCUACACAUCCCUGUUCCUUCUGUGCAGUAUUUACAUUGACCGUGUGCCUGCAUUGGAAUCCUCCCGUGACAACGGCUGACUAUGAUAGAGAUGUGCCGUGAGUGUGGGUGAAAUUACAGCACUGUAUGCCCUGGUCUCAGCCCAUAAUGGAAAAAUACUACCAACAGUGAAAUAAAGUGUUUUUAUCUGUUUUGGGUUGAAUCAAAAUAUCA